UUCUGCAGCAAUGGCUGCGAAAAGACCGGCAAAGGCGAAAGUGCACAUUGCACCUCCGGGAGACUUCAUUGCUCUCGGAAAAUCCAAGUCUUCGGCCUCCGAGUUGGAUGUACCACGAGUUCCCUCUCAAGUCUCGUCAAAGAAACUACUACCCACAGAAAGGAAGAGAGAAGCACCUCCAACAUCCAUCUCUGGGAUAGCCAAGCGGCCAAAGCUUAUACAAGGACAAACAUUCACACCCUUAGGACGAUCAUCUGAUGCAGACAGAAGGACUUCACCAGCUCCCAAUGCAAGUUCUCAGCUGGAUGAAGUUGCUGUUGACAUUGACCCUCUGACUUUAAUGGAGGAGGUGCUAGAUGCAGAGGACAUGUGUAAUGAUGAGAAACUGGAGGGUCUCUUUCUUGGUGCAAUAAAAAAUCUACGAGCAAACCGCUCCAAACCAGACACUGUGGUGUACCUAACUAUGAUGUCACUAGCAAAAACUCAUUCCAGUCUCUUCAACAGUGAGCUCAUCAUUCAGGCAUUCUGUAGUCUGCUGAAAAGGGAAUUGUCACUCAACUUCAAAGCCAAAGGAAAUGUGCUUGUGUCUGUUUUUGCCUGUAAUGCUCUGAUGGCAGCAUUUUCUGAGGAGGAAAAUUGGCCGGAUGACUUUGUGAAGGUGUUUGUAGAAGAUUCCCUUGGAGAGCGAAUCUGGGUAGACAGAUCAGACUGUAAGAGCUUUGUUGACAAUAUCAUCACAGCAUUCAACACCAAGUUACCUUCCAAGUCACUGUCUGUGUCAGUAGAUAUGUCUGGCUCACAAUCUGGCUCAGCAAGUCCUGUAGUAUCAUUUCUGGAUGAGGAUGAUGUGACCAAAUCGUCGGACAGUUUGGAGGAUAAACUCAGCAGCCUUGGUGAGGAUGAGGUCACUGUGUUUCCCAGAUACCCCUACCAACAGGACAGUAUAGAGUCCUAUGUGAUGGAUAUUAUCCGUGAGCAGCUGAGUCGCCGUCAGACAAUGGACACAUCAUCUCGCAAUGUUAUCCGCCUGAUGACCGCUACAUGUGGUUACAGCCAGGUCCGGCUACAGGCGGCACAGCGUCUGGAGAUGUGGCUACAAAACCCAAAGUUGACACGGUCCGCCCAGGAGCUAUUGAUGUCCCUGUGUAUGAACUGUAACCAGUAUGACCAGAACGACAUAGAGGUUCUCUCACAACUUGUAAAGAUCAGAAUGAAAACUAAACCGCUUCUCAACCAUUUCCUCUCUUGUAUCAGGGAGUUGAUACCACAACACCAAGAGAACCUACGUAUGAUGCUCACUCACACUAUCUACAAUGAGUUGUCCAAUGCUAGGAACCCCAACAACAUGGCGCUGAUUAGUGUGAUGUUUCAGACCUCGUCCACACAGGCCACCAAGGUACUGGCUGAGAUAUUCCAGGAUCUGCUCUCCAACAAAGAAGAUUACCUUCGGGCGCUUCGGGCACUACUCCGCGAAAUAGCUCGCACACUAAAACAGGACCUCAAACUGUCAUCGUUUUGUCUGAAUUUAAUGCAGGAAAGAGCAGAUUCCAAGUUUAUGGAAAUGGACAGCGCAUUAAGGGAACGGUACAUUCUCUCUGUUGUGGACAUGGUAUCUGUGGCCAUCCUCAUAGGGAUCACACCAUCAGUACGAGAGGCCAAGGGAGAUAAACAAGAUUCAGAAGUUCUACACAAAUACCGCCAGCAGACAGCCAUGAUAAAGCGAGAUGCUGUAUGGUGGAUGCAUACCAUUGUAUCAAAACACAUUGUGGAGCUCAAACCGGAACAGUAUAUACACUGUUUACACAAAGUGCUGUUCCUUGAGACUUCUGAACAUUACUGCAACAAAGACAACUGGCCAUCAGAAGGAGAGAGAGAAUCCCUGAUAAGGAUUGCGUCAGAGUCCCCUGUCCUGGAAGAUACCCUAAUGAGGAUACUGGUGAUAGGUCUUUCCCCAGACAUUCCCAUCAACCCUCCAGAUGCUGUGGAACUUGUAGAUCAGCUGGUCAAGAGAGCAGCCUGUCUUAGCUGUGAUGGUGAAAAGGUGCUGCAGAUGGAAAGACUUGAGUUGGUAGAUGCUCUACUUAAUUUGUGUUCAUACAGACAUCCUACUGACAUCUCUCUACCUAAAGGGUACAGUCCACCCACACUAGCUAUCUCCAACCUGUACUGGAAAUCCUGGACUAUACUCCUCAUCUUGUCUGCUUUCAACCCACAAACUUUUGGUAUCACAGCCUGGGAAAACUACCCUACACUCAAGUGUCUGAUGGAGAUGGUGAUGACGAGAAAUUAUAAGUUCCCACCUCCCACCACAGCUUCAGAUGAGCGAGAAAUUGAGGACAUCAAGAAUCAGGAAAAACAGGUGUCAGAACAGGAGAAGCAGGAAAUUCUUGAAUUUGAGAGCCAUCUGGCUGCUGCUACUAGUAAAGUGACCAUCACAGAGUCUAACAGUUUACUGGUCACUCAACUGACUGCCAUGAAGCCCAGUGGAGUAGCACGCCAGCCCCCAGCAGCCAUACUGGAACAGGUGAGAAUGCUGAAUAAAAACAUCCACAUUGGACAGAUGUUAUGUCGGAGUCGCAAGCCGGAUUUUCUUCUGGACAUCAUUCAGAGACAGGGUGCUUCCCAGUCCAUGCCUUGGCUAGCAGAGUUGGUGGAGGCCAGUGAAGGAUCACUGGAGGUUCUGCCAGUCCAGUGUCUGUGUGAAUUUCUCCUCCACGAUGUCACUGGUAUCUCCCCCGCCCAAGAGGAUGACAAUAAACAGCUGGAGAAACACAGGAAGAAACAGAAAGUUAAGAAGCGUGCUGAGCUGGUCGGCUACCUGCGGUCCAUUGUGCAUGCCGACCCUCCUGACUUAACAUCUGUAUCCCAAGUUCUUGACUACUUCCUCAGACGGCUCUCAUCCACUCAGGCCUCAAACAGGCAUCUGGCUAUUCAGGGGCUUUCCAUGUUGAUAUCAGCUAAAGACAUUCCGGAGGAGGAGACCAUGGAGACCGAGAGUAGUUGGGGCCACAGCUGGCUGCUAGAACACCUACCCACACUGGCAAUAUUCCCCCAAAUCAAACCACAGAUAUGUUCCGCCCUCAGACAGGCCUGCCAGAUAGAGACGGAGCCUGGCCUCAUCAGUGCCUGUAUUAUCUACCUGUCACAGCAAGCCAUGGACCAGAGUCUGCAUGAACUUGAUGACCUCGCUUUGGACAUGGCACAGUUGAUUGUAGAGCGUACCACAGUCAUAAACCAUAUCCUUCCGGUGGAGAACCAGCCCAGCAGUGAACUGUCUCAUGUCACUCUGAAGGCUCUCAUUGACCUCUACACCAACUAUCUCCGCAAGGGGAAGGAGCCGGACAAGGAAGCUUACUCAUGGUCGAACAUUCAGGACCAGAUAAUUCUCCAGUGGAAGGGAGGUGACUCGGCUACGAUGCACGUCCUUGUGGUACAUGCUAUGAUCAUCCUAUUGACCUACGGGCCUCCCAAGGGCGGGGAAACUGAAUACCAGGAUUUGCUGGAUACCUGGUUCCCAGAGGAAGGACAACCGCCCUCAGCGUUCCUACUAGACACCUCCGAAGAAGCUCUACUGCUACCUGACUGGCUGAAACUACGUAUGAUUCGGUCUCAUGUAACCAGAUUGGUUGAUACAGCCCUCCAGGACAUUGAAGCGAACCAGCUACUGUUGUUUGUCCAGUCGUUUGGGAUUCCAGUUGCCAGUAUGGGGCGCCUACUUCGGUGCCUAGACGGCCUUGUUGCCAUGGAUCCCAGUAUAUUGGAGCAGGCCGUGGAGGACAAGGCGUACAUGGCCCAACUUAUAGAUAUCCAGCAUAUGAGGGGUGCCCAGGGGGGCAAUGUAUUCCGCAAACUGCUCACUAGCCAAGCUCCUGCUAAAGAUGUUGAGGAUACUGAGAUGGAAUCUCUAGACUCCAAAGAGGACAGCUUGUGGAAACCUCAAGUGGCACAACAGAAACAGGGGCCCCAAAAGGCUGAGAUCAUGAAAGUGAUUGUACAGGUGUUUUCAGCGGAUGGUAAGAGAGACCCAGACACAGAUCACAAGUUCCAUAGAGUUAUCGCAGAUAUAACUUCAAGGAAACCUGAAAUAUCACAACUUGUCAUUGAAAUUUUGUUGGAGAAGACAACAAAUGAGCCAUUGUUCAAGGACAGGUUUUGUAGGAAUGUGAAGGCCUGUCCACUACUGAAAUCUCUGGUGGCCAGUAAGUGUGGAGAUAAAGACUCCCUUCACCAGCUGAUGAUGGCCCUGAGUGCUGCUGAUCAGAGUAUCUCGUCACCCGCUAUGUCUGUCAUAAAACAUUUCAUUCUUCACUCGAGUCCGGCUACCAAAUCUACACCCUGUCUGAGCCUUAGUGAUUUGGUAAAGAAAAAGUCAGCGGUUGAUGAAGGUCACCUUGAGUCUCGCUUGACAACCUGUAUGCGGUCAGCGAUGGCCAACCAGACGUCCAGUGAGGUGGUCAGCAGUGUGUGUCAGACAAUGAUACAAACAGAUACUGGAGACAGGUCAGACAUAGAGACCUCGAUGCACACCCUGCUGUUAGACUGGUUGGAGCUCCUGGACCCGGAAUUGGUGGCUCGGGCACCUGAUCUCCAACACCAGCUCAUGUUCUCUCGUCAUAGAGGACAAAAAAGUGGCAAGGUCUCUGAGGAAAAUUCUACAGACGACAAGCCAUGUGACCCUGUUGUGGAGUCUGGCCGUACCUAUAGUAACCAGGCCUACCUACUGGCUCUCCUCACUCACCAGAGCAGCUGGUCUGCUUUACACAGGUCCAUCAAUACACUGCUACAGAAGUCUCCCUCCAACAGUUUUUGUCCGACCACUGUGCUAGACUUUCUGUGGGCAUGUCUGCAGAUUCCAAAGAUAUGGCAAGGAAGAGAGCAAAGAAUAUCAAAGAAACAAACAGUGGAGAAUGUCCUGAGUCUAAGUCAAGGCCAGUUAGAGACAAUCCUGAACUACGUAGUAGAGGAGGCAGUGACCAAUGAGUCCAGCCAAACUGACCACAAGGGAAUACCACUGUCCAGCAGAGUAGAGUUGCUGGUCACAUGUACAAACAAUGAGGAGAGCAACAUCAAGUUUGUGGCAAAGCAAGCUCAGGAUGCACUGGCUGACAACAGACACAAGGGUGUGAAUCAGAAAGUACUGGUGGAGUUGUAUGCCCAGUGUCCUCGUCUGUUGUCAUGGUUACCAGAUAUAUUCACCUCUCUUACCGACAAGUGUCUAUCUCAGGAAACGGUUAUACAGGUUGACCUGAUAUCAUUCCGUCUACUGACAAGCUUGGGACAUGCUGGCCAUGGACGAAGGAAUGAGGAUCGUAUGCAUGACGCUAACAUAGCGUGCCGUAAACUGGCCUCACAACAUCCUCUACUGAUGUUACGCCAGUUGCCAAUGUUGAGCGCUCUACUGAAGGGUAAAACACAGUUUAAAAUAGGACAGCUACGUCACCGCAACUACCUACAGCUGUUCACGCAUAUCCUGGGAUUGUUGGAGGCCAUGCAGCCAUUGGUGUUUAGGCGGGAUUACAGUGCUAGUCACAGCGACAUCCUAGAGUCCUACGUGUCACUGCUACAGAAUCAUGGCAUGGAGAGAAUACUGGCUCCCAUUGUGGCCAAAUUCAUCAGAUACCUUCAAAACUACAUGAUGUGUGAGCCCCAACAUUCCAUUAACGUCCUACAGCCACAUGUCGGCGUUUUCAGUAAUCUUAGUUUAGUCUAUCCAGACAUGCCCGCCCUAAAAUCCCUGCUGGCAGGGUUAACUUUACCCAGACAGACAGAGAGUGACAAUUCCCAUCAGGGGGAUAUGACCGUGGGACUGGCUCGUCCAACAUCGCCCUGGACGGUAGGACAAAUCGCACCUUACCUACAGAGGUUACAGAAUGCCACAGACUCAUCAAAUAUAAUGGACGUUUUGCAAGACCUGGAUGAGACGUCAAAGAGAAAAGUUGAUAUCCUUGAACACUUCCUGGGGGACCUGAAGAAACUGCUGUUAGACCUGAGUGAUAAGAUCAGAAACACAUGUUACUCACUCAUCAUGAGAUAUGUCCGCCAGAUGCCAAGGUCAGCUGUACACUUCCUCGGCAGCUUUCUCCAGUGUCUGGACAGCGACAACUCGGAUAUCAUCACAAGUGCCUUGAAAAAUCUACCGGAGUUCUGUGUUCUUUGUCAGGAUCAUGCCGAUGUGCUGCUACAAAAGGCAUUCCUUGUGGGAACCACUACCUCGAUAGAGACCAGCACCUACAUUGUCGAAGCACUACAGACCCUCAACCUAGAGACUACCUUAGUUGUCAACAAGUUAGAUAGCUGAUGUUUUGAGGCAAGGUUCAUCACAGAUGGACAUACAAUGUAUAGACCCUGUUCUGGAGGCAAUUAGGAUUUUGAACAAAAUAUACAUCACUCUUCUAGGCAAAACAGUUUGUUGAUAUAGAGACUGUACAUGUGUACCAUUGUACCUGUAAUACCAUAAUUGCCAACAAGUGAGAUGGUUGAUGUAUAGAGGAAAGGCUCCUUUCUAGCCAGAUGAACAUAAAAUGUAUGGACUCUGUUCUGGAGACAACUAGACUUUCAACAAAUUUUGUGUGUAGCACUUUAUUCUGGUGAUUAAACUUGUCUCCAGCAAGUUAAACUUUUGAUGUACAAGUUUCAGAAUGAUUUGUUAAGAGAGAAGUCAGCUUCAGCAUCAUUUUGACCCAAAGUUAACGGACCAUGUCAGAAAGCCAAACAUCUAAUGUGUAAUCCCUCGGGUGUAUGGACUGAGAAUAUGGUCAGUAAGUUAUCAGUUGGAUGCUUUGAUAUACAGACAUUCAGUGGAGAUUGCCAAAUGUCUGAUCUGGACAAAACUAUAGCAUUGUAGCCCAUUACAGAUGUGAUACACAUCAAGACUGAGUCGGUCAGCAGUAGUUUGAUAUUAACAAUAUAUGUCAAAGACAACUAAACUGCAACCAUUAUUGAUUUUCAUGGACUGAUCAUGAUAUAAAAAUUUGUUUAAAUUAAAUAUGAAAAGUCCAUAUCAAGUAUUUUGUUAAUGAAAUUAUGAAACUGAAAAGUGCUAAAAGGUAUUGAGUGCAUGAAAUGCAGUUGACCUGUUGUUAUGGAAUGUACCAUGAUUAAUAAAUCAAUGUUAAAUAAUCCA